GUUGGGCUGCAGGGGCAGCGCAUACACUACAAUGGCUGCUGGAAAGAGGCGUAAGGAAACAAUUUCCAGGCCCGCCGCGUCCAGCCCGAAAUAUGAGAAAAAAAUUAUUAGAAAUUCCGCGGGCGGUGUAAAGGCGGCGGACGGGCCGGAGGGAGGAUGUUAAAGCCCCGCGGUUGCCUCUUGGUGCUGCAUUGGCUGUAUUUGGCACCCAGAAUGCUUCAUUCUAUCAUGGUCUAUUAAUAAGGUUACCUUGCUAGAGUUUGGAGCAGGGCCUCAGAUUGGCCAAAAUGGGAAGGACUGGAUUCCGCUCUCUUCCACGAAGAGUCAAUGGUACUGGCUAAGAUCAAGGUCUGAGGCUUUUUUCAUCUGUCGUCAGUCCCUUUUUGCUUUCUUUUACGACCACAUGAAACUUGAGAAGCCACCUAAAGCUAAAUCAUUUAGUGGAGUUGGGCAGUUCCCAAGUGUCCAACAAGAAGGCCUGAUUUAGGCUGCGAUGGCCACUGUCAUUCCUGGUGAUUUGUCAGAAGUAAGAGAUACCCAGAAAGUCCCUUCAGGGAAACGUAAGCGUGGUGAAACCAAACCAAGAAAAAACUUUCCUUGCCAACUGUGUGACAAGGCCUUUAACAGUGUUGAGAAAUUAAAGGUUCACUCCUACUCUCACACAGGAGAGAGGCCCUACAAGUGCAUACAACAAGACUGCACCAAGGCCUUUGUUUCUAAGUACAAAUUACAAAGGCACAUGGCUACUCAUUCUCCUGAGAAAACCCACAAGUGUAAUUAUUGUGAGAAAAUGUUUCACCGAAAAGAUCACCUGAAGAAUCACCUACAUACACAUGACCCUAACAAAGAGACAUUUAAGUGUGAAGAAUGUGGCAAGAACUAUAAUACCAAGCUUGGGUUCAAACGUCACUUGGCCUUGCAUGCUGCAACAAGUGGUGACCUCACUUGCAAGGUCUGUUUGCAGACUUUCGAAAGCACAGGAGUGCUGCUGGAGCACCUUAAAUCUCAUGCAGGCAAGUCGUCUGGCGGGAUUAAAGAAAAAAAGCACCAGUGUGAGCAUUGUGAUCGCCGGUUCUACACCCGGAAAGAUGUCCGGAGACAUAUGGUGGUGCACACUGGAAGAAAGGACUUCCUCUGUCAGUAUUGUGCACAGAGAUUUGGACGAAAGGAUCACCUGACUCGACAUAUGAAGAAGAGUCACAAUCAAGAACUUCUGAAGGUCAAAACAGAACCAGUGGAUUUUCUGGAUCCAUUUACCUGUAAUGUCUCUGUGCCCAUAAAAGAUGAGCUCCUUCCGGUGAUGUCCUUACCUUCCAGUGAACUGUUAUCAAAGCCAUUCACAAACACUUUGCAGUUAAACCUCUAUAACACUCCAUUUCAGUCCAUGCAGAGCUCGGGGUCUGCCCACCAAAUGAUCACAACUUUACCUUUGGGAAUGACGUGCCCAAUAGAUAUGGAUGCCGUUCAUCCUUCUCACCACCUUUCUUUCAAAUACCCAUUCAGUUCUACCUCAUAUGCAAUUUCUAUUCCUGAAAAAGAACAGCCAUUGAAGGGGGAAAUUGAGAGCUAUCUGAUGGAGCUACAAGGUGGUGUGCCCUCUUCAUCCCAGGAUUCUCAAGCAUCAUCAUCUAAACUAGGGUUGGAUCCUCAGAUUGGGUCCCUUGAUGAUGGUGCAGGGGACCUCUCCCUGUCAAAAAGCUCUAUUUCUAUCAGUGACCCCAUAAACACCCCAGCAUUGGAUUUUUCUCAGUUGUUUAAUUUCAUACCAUUAAAUGGUCCUCCCUAUAAUCCUAUAUCAGUGGGGAGCCUUGGAAUGAGUUAUUCCCAAGAAGAAGCACAUUCUUCUGUGUCUCAGCUCCCCCCACAGACACAGGAUCUGCCCGAUCCUGCAAACACUCUAGGCCUGGGGUCUCUUCACUCACUGUCGGCAGCUUUCACAAGUAGUUUAAGCACAAGCACCACCCUGCCACGUUUCCAUCAGGCUUUUCAGUAGGAUUCCAAGACGUGGGUGUAUUACAAAAAUGUACGUGUAGACCUGCCUUAGAUGACCGUUUUUAUUUUAGUGCCUACUUUAAGACAGUAUAAAGUGUCUGCUUUUGUAUAGUACCAAUUUUCAUUAAGCCAGUAUAAAAUAGGAGCUAGCUUCGGAACCAUUUGUGUUCAGUUAUGUUUACCUGGGUAUUUUGUCCUGAUUCACUGCCAACUGUCAUACUCUGAGAUUAUUUUUCAUAUAGGAAAGCCAUUAUUAUUAGUAAAGUCUUACAAAUCCCACAUUCAAAUUACUUUUUGAUUUUAGAAUUUUCAUUUUUGUCAAUAACAAUGGCUCUACCUUUUGACAUUUGGCUCAUUAAAAAAAUUUUGCAGUAGAAUGCGUAUGAAUAACCCAAGAGUUUUUCAAUUUUUAUUAGCCUCCAAAUGGAUUCAUAAUCACAUGAAUUAAAAAUCUAGUUUGAGGAGGUAAAAUGUUUCUUAAGAUAUAUCAUAAUUUCAGGUCAGUAUGUUUUGAAGACUUGCUAUUGUCUGGCUAAAUAGUUGCUAUCUUUACUGUGCACAUAUAAGGAAAACAAAACCUAAACACAAAGCACCAGUAUUUAUUGCAAAAAGAGACUCCUAGUGAGGUGACACGGCAUUCCAUGUUACUUAAUAGUUGGCUUUAAAUUAGUACACAGGAUAUUUUGCCACGUUUCAAACUUUUUAACUUGCUCUCUUUCCAUUUAAUAAUAUGAAUCUGUAUGGCACCAGAGUCUUCAGAGUCAGUAUAUAGAUAGAUCUCUUUAAUCUUUUCUACCUUUGAAGGCCAAAGGGUGAGUCAAGUGCAGCCAGUAAUUUUAUUUUCAUUGUUCAUAGUUUGUCCAGAAUCUAGAGCCAUUACAGAACAUAGAUGUCAGGUGAUUUAUCCCAGAGUGGACUGUGUCAGCUUAUAUGGUGUGAUAGACAUUCUAAGCAGGAAGAUAGAUAUGAAGCACACAGUUCAACUUGGGAACUUGCGUAGGGGUCAUGCCUCCUGUUGGCAGGGUUGGAAACUCGACUAUUUAGGAAUAAAGUAAAAGCAUAUCGCUUAUAUCACUUGUAGCUGAAUUUGGUCCAGUUUUCUUUUCCAUAAGAGGUAAAAGCAGAAAACAAAACAGUGCUACCCGUGGUAUCUUUCUUAUUCAGUGUUAAUUCAUCUCUUCUUGCUAUUUUCAGAUGGAGAAUUUAAACUGAAAUGCAUUAGAAAACUGAGGAAUGACCACAAAGUUUUAAGUGGCUAAAAAUAUAUACAGUAAAACCCCACUUUUACACAUCUCUGGGAAAUGCAGGGAAUAUUGCAAAUAGGUUUAAUUUAUAAAGGGGGAGAAAAGUAAAGUACAGCAAGCAUUAUCUUAGUUAAUGUGAAAAAUAAUCAAGACUAUUGUGUUCACUAAACAAAAUAGUUACUAUGGGCUUUCCUCAUGCUAGAUAACUACCAUAAUCUUCUGAAAGUUCAAAUUGUUACAUUUUUCUAAUCAGUUGGGACAGCUACCUAAGAAUGUAUUAAGCACUUGUUAUUAACACCUUGUUUUGGGACCCUGUCUGUUGGGACAGGUGAGGGGGUGGGGGGAAGGUUUAUAAAAGAGUAUAUAUCUCCUUAAAAAAAAAAAAGAGAAAAAUAUUUCUGAGCACUCAGACCAAUAUGGAAGCUUCUUUUCCCAUUUAUAAGGCCAAUUAUCACUGCAGAUUACAAUGUUUACCACAAAUUUCUGAAAAUGAGUGCAGAUUACUGAAUAUAAUGCAUUAUUUAAAAUAUUUGGGAGUAGUAUAAUUUGUGGAGGAAUGUAAAUUGUAAUAAUGUAAGUGGGGGUUUGACUAUAUAUAUUAGACACAUACACACACACACAUCGCACUUCACAGAAUCAAAGUUGCUCUCUUAAGGAACUUUGGCUCCUGAUAUUUUAUCAUGCUCCUAUUUUUUUUUUAAAUCCUAGGAGCAGUAGUUUUUAUACUUUGUAUUUAAAUUUUAUUAAAAAUGACAUUUUAUUAAAAAAAUGUGUUCCAAAGGCAUUAAAAUUAUAUAUGUUAAUAAGGAAAUACAUUUAAAAAUUUUUCAAGCGGCUCCUAAACUUUUGAUUAGGAGAUUAUUUGUUCUGAAAGUAGGCUAUUAGCUCUGCUUUGUUACUGCUUCCUUUAGUUUCUAUGAAACAGAUUGCUUACCUAAAUCAUUAGUUGAAUGAGUAGUGUUCAAUAUUGCUUUAAUCACCAUUUUUAAAAAUGGGAAAAUUUGGUGACAGAGCACAAAUAAAUAGAAAACCUAUUUUUAAAUAGAAAUCACAAAUACAAGUGUGGAAGCACUACUUUAUUUUAUCUAAAAUUUGUUUAAGGAGAAGUUAAAUUUAAUGAACUGAGACGUUGGCAUUAGUAGGCUGUAUUUCACUGCUAAUAAAAAAAGGGGGAAUACCAGGAUUUAUUCAAUAAAGUAUUUAGAAAAAGGGGAAAGGCGCCAUAUAUGUUUGUAUAUUUUUAGCCUAAUUCUCACCCUGCAUGAAAUUCAGAUGCAUAGAGACAUACCUUUCAGGGCACCAGUGUUAAAAUUGUGGAGUCUUAAUGUUCAUACAUGCACCGCUUUGCCUGUUGCUACCCCACAGCGUUGACAUUAACACUUCCAAGUAAGACGGAAUUCAGCUAACUUGUUUUUAAAAUUGACCAUUGUCACUAAACCCUUUUUGAGAGAAUUUCUAUUAAAGAUGAGACAGAAUCAUUUAUUUUAAUUGCACAAUGGUCUAAUAAGGAUGUAACACAGAAUUGGCUUUUUUUCCCAAGAAAAAAAUUGACAUUUUAUUUUUAUGUCAACUGGAUAUGAUUAAAAAUAAUUAUUGCCAAUGCCGUUUUCCAUUCUCCGGUGGCAGGAAUCAUCAUUGAAAUUUCUAGUAGUGCCUUUGCUUGGUUUUAAAAAAAAAGUUUAUCAUUAAGUAAAAAUAUUUCAGUUUAGAAUUUGGAUCUCGGACAAGAUAUUGAACAUCAUUCAGUUUGAACUUCCACGUGUGUGUAGAUUAAUCAUCAGAUAUGGAAGCGUGACUGUGGAAGGCCCUUGGCACAGUAAGCAAUAUUAUCCGUUGAUAUAUGCAAAUAUCAUCUUUAUAGUUACUGGUCAGUGUUAAAAUUUGCAUUUUAAAAUCCUACUACCAAGUUCAGUUUUUCAAAACUUCAGUUGUCCUGGCUGAUCAUGCACCACUCUUUGUGCAACUUUUAAAUUUCAUUUAGUGUUUCUUCCAAACUAUGUAUUUUUGCCUAUUUGUUGCUUGUGCUUUAUUAUUCUUAGUCAUUUGUGGAAUAUAGUGAUAUAUUGUGUUAAUUUGGACAGUAGCGGUUUUUAAAAACCAUAUACUGACUGAAACAUGAGCCAGAGCUGAUUGCUUUAUUAAGCUAAUAAUGAAUGUUAAAGAGUACAUAUUUUCAGGAUCAUUCAUCUAGUAAGCAAUACACGUAUAUAGGCCAAUAUUUUUUUUAAAAAAUAGAGCUUGGUCAACCUCUAUACUACACAUAUUACAAGAUAUAGCACUUUCAAAACGAAUCUAAACCUUUACAGAAACUUGCUUAUAGGUUAUGCUUUUUAUUUUAAGACUUAUAAUUUGUUUCAAGUGCCAUUAGAUGAUAUAUAUGUAGGCCUUUGAUAUAUAAUGCUUUGUGUUCAAAAAUGGUAGAUGGUAUUUUAAACAGGUACAUUUUUACAGUGUUUUCUUACCAAUUUGCUAUCUUGCACAGAAUCAGUGUGUGUCUUUUCAUAAGGUUUUACAAUGGUUUAUUUUUUUACAAGGUUUACGUGUCUCAAAACACACUGUCUUCCCAGUAUGUAAAUUUAAGAAUACCAGUUCACCCAAGUUGCUUCUAGCCUACUGAGAUCCAUAUGGCAUUGGAGGAGAUCUUUUAAAUGCUGAGUAUUCUUCAUUAGCAAUGGCAGACUGUUAUCUCUGACAAAUGAGUGCCUAAGUUGAUUUCAUCUUAUUUUUCUCAGUCUGUCAGCAGCCUUGUCAACAGCACAGAUAGUUUGUUGUGAUUACAUAGAUCCACAUAGAUGUGUAGUUUUGUGCUAAUAACCCAUACAGAGUUCCUUUUUGAUCAUAUAAAACAAGAUACUAACAACAUGAAGGCACGCUUAGAUCACCCUUACCCUCUCCUACAGCGUUGUCAGCCCUCUGAGGAUGGAAGGCAGUGUCUUUUGAUCAGUUAUCUAGCUCUAGAAAUGACAGAGCUAUUGCUAAUGUAUAAAACACUUCAUUGUAUAAGCUUCAGUGGUACAGAUGAACCAGAAUGAAUGUCUAUCUUCUCAGAAACACUCCUUCAAUAUUAUGUUGGAUCAUGCUGCUAAUGUAACUUGGGAUACAACUCUUCAUGGUGCUACAAACUUUUCUGUCUCGUUCAGUCGUAUUUUUUUAUCCAUAGGAAAAAAGGACUUCAUUAGGUGUAAAGGUGUACAAUAUAUUUUUAUACUGUGACUUAAUUUGUCAUUAACAGACUUACACCACCCACCACAAUGUGUUCAUGUGCACUUGCAAAAGGAAAUCUUGGACGUGCAAAUGUUACCAGAACAAACCCAGCUUUCAUCCACAAUGUGACUGUAACUCAAAAAGAAAAGUGGGCUUUAUAAUAUGGUGUGGAGUGAAGAACAUGCUGUAUGUCACUAACGGCCCUUUGAAUUUAACAAAAACUGGGAAUCCAUUAGGAAAUGGAUCGCAUCGUGCCUGAACGUAAGCUGGACUGCUGAAACUGUAUUUUUAGCUGAUGAAAGUGUUUGGACUAGUACUCUUAAAAAAAAAAUGUUCUUAUGAUAAAGUUUUGAGUAAAAAUAGAAAACAAAAAAAUCUGCAUUCCAGGCUGAAUUUUGUAUAUUUUUAUUGCAUUUAAAAAUUGCUAUUCUGUGAUAUUGGGAAAUCAAGUGGCUUAUCAUGUAUAUCAUGUACUUAAAAUGUAUUCACAAACUACUGUUGUAUUUGUAUAAAAUAUAGACAAAGAUCGUAUUUUUCGUGUGUGUAUAAGCUCUGUAAAAUAGCAGUCACAUUAUGAAGCUGCAGUGAUACUACAUUUUAAACAUCCACAUCCAAAGAAGCAGGCUAUUUAUUGUCCAGUUACCCAGAUAUAAAAUAUUAAUUUGCUGCUAAUUAAACAAUAGUACUGCAGCUUCUUGUGGCCUACAGUGUUAUGUUUUCUGUAAGAAAAAGAUAUGUGAACUCCACAAAAUAUAUGAAUAAAAUUAUAGAAUGGCUUUAGAUAAUGUAGAUCUUCCUGAAAUUUUAACAGAUGAUAAAUUUCUAUUUGGUACAACAUUUUUUUCUUCACUUUGAAUUUUAGAUAUUUUCUCAUUUGA